UUAUUAUUUUUUCCUAGUGUUUGUGAUGUGUGAUAGUGUAAUGUUUUGUUUAUAUAACUUUCAUGUGCAGUUUUUAAAGAACAUACGGUCAUGUUUAAAAUCAUAUAUACAUUCAAUUCGAUAAUGUUUUUAACUUAAUGUCUACGUUGUCUUCGCUUGAAAUCCCGGACGAUUUUGGAGUCAGCGUCUCCGUUGUGGCGAGACGAAAUUAAGAAAGGAAGCAAGUUAAGCCGAGAAGAUUAUGGAGAUUUUGUGCAAAUUGAUUAAAAAAAUGCAAAAUACAGAUAAUGAAGUAGUAAAGAAUGAAGAAAAUGAAGUUAACAGAAUAAAGAGUAACGAUGCGUUGUAUCUGGAUAUUGCUUGCAAUUGUAACGUUCUACGAAAUAGCUGUCGCUGUGAAUAUUGCGGUGCCAGAAAAAGAUGGCACACGUUUUGAACGAUAUCGACUCGACAAAGGGGUUUAUAGAAAAUAUGAAGAAAGGAAAAAGUUAUCCUUAUUUGAAAGCAAACGCAGUGACCAAAAUUCAAUAAAUAGUUUUCGAGAUGAUCAUGAGAUUAUACGGAGUCCAAGAAAACAAAGGUCGAUAUCGCACAGAAAAUCGAGAAUACAAAGAAGCUUUAAUAAAUAUCAGUUCAGUGCACAUAUCAGUGAAAAGGAUGAUAAACAUUUGAGGUACAGACGUGAAAUAGGUUCUUCAAUUAUUAUCACUCAUCAUUUUACGGAGAAAAUAGUCACAUCAGGCGAAGAUAUAAGUCUGGAAUGUGCUGCGACAGCUGAAAGGCCGCCGCGAUUCAUCUGGGAGAGAGAUGGUGUGGUCAUAUCGUCUAAUACUGAUUCCAGAUAUAUCCUUGGUCAGAUGAUGUCUUCUACUGGCGUCGGUGUCAUCUCCCACUUCAAUAUAUCGCGGGCACGUGUGGAAGAUGGCGGUCUGUUUUCCUGCGUCGCGUACGAGGGUGACUCCAGUACGAGACAUGUGGCUAGAGUUGAUGUGUUUGGUCCGCCAUAUAUUAGGACGUUGCCGCCCAUCAAAGUGCAAAGUGGGCAGCCGCUGAAAUUACGUUGCCCUUACUACGGUUACCCCAUAAGUAAACUGGAAUGGGAGCACAAGGGAAAGAAAAUCGUCAAUUCAAUGUUGCCACAACAUUCGAGAUAUCGUCGUUCUUUUGUCUCGAAAGGUCGGAAGAACGCGAAGAAGAAAAGAAAAAAACGACAACUCUUUGAACCAGUAGAAGAUGGAGUUUUGAGCAUACCUCGAGUUACUAAAGAACAGAAUGGAGAGAUGUACACUUGUAUUGUUUACAGUCCGUCAGGAGAAAUGGCAAGAAGAUCAUUCGAAGUGCAAGUGGUAGAAGCGCCGGCGCUGGACGAGCUCCGCGUCGGCACUGGACUGAAGGAAGGUCAGAUCGUGCAGAUCACCUGCAACAUUAUUAGCGGAGAUCCGCCGAUAUUCUUCUCAUGGUUAAAAGACGGGAUGAAGAUUCCAGCCAGUUUGAAAAUUAAUGAAAGAAGUUCAGAAUUAUUUAGCGUUCUGAUUAUAAAGAGAGUGUCGCUGGAGCAUUGCGGUAAAUAUACUUGUAUUGCGACGAAUCACGUUGGGAAAGUCAAUCAGACAGCAGAUCUUUACAUAAAUGUUGCACCGAAGUGGGUGGAAGAGCCGACGAACACUUCACUGUUGUUGGGGCAACGAGGAGUUAUUUAUUGUAAUGCGAAUGGAUAUCCAGCACCACAAAUACAUUGGAUGAAAAGAGACGCAACUCUUGGUAUAUGGAGACCGGUGUUGGAUUUAGCCGGCGGUGGUGUCAUUAGUUACCCCAAUGGCACACUUAUCAUAGAAGUGGUAUCACUCUCCGACGAGGGAGUUUACGCUUGUAAUGUGGAGAAUGGUGUUGGAGAUGCGUUGAAUAAGAAUUUAUGGAUUAGUGUUAAUAAGCCGGUGCAUUUUGAAUCCGUGGGUACAAAUCUGACGACAAAGCUAGGGCUGCCAGUGACGUUGCCAUGCCGACCGCUCGGUGACAGCCCUAUUAGAGUUAAAUGGACUGUGGAUGGUAAAGGUGUGGAUUUCACAACCUCCAGGAUAACUGUGACUGAAAAUGUUAACCCAAAUGGAAUCAAAAGUACUAUUAAUAUAAACUACGUGGAGAGUAGAGACGGUGGGACUUAUGAAUGUAGAGCCAGCAAUCCCUAUGGUGUGGCGACUUAUUUAAUUCACUUGGAUAUUUUAGAGCCGCCGACGCCGCCGAUGGACUUGCAGGUGGACUCUGUGUCCAGCGGCGGGGUGAAGCUGUCGUGGCGAGACGCGCUGCGAGCGCACGUGCAGUACUAUACGCUGCAGUACGCAACUAACGAUUACAUGCUGUGGGACUCCGGGAAGAGUAUUAAUAUCACCAGACAAGAGAACGAUAUAAGACAAAACAUAGAGCUCCGAGACUUGCAGCCCGCAGUUGAAUACAGAGUCAGAGUUGCGUCUGGCAAUCAAGUUGAUCUCAGCCAGUUUACGCAGCCAGUGCAUUUCACUACGAUGCAAGAAGCACCUUCAUCAAGUCCACUGAGCGUACAAGUCCAGUCGACAGAGAACCCGGGCGAGCUGGUUGUAUGGUGGCUGCCGCCGCCGCGAGAGACGCACCGCGGUCCGCUGCAGGGAUACCACGUGAAAGCAGUACCGAGGAUCAGCGGUGAAUCAGGUCCAAACGAUACUCAUACAAAAAUGGUAAAAGUGACUCCGCGCAAUGGGAAACAAGAAACAGUGUUGAGUGGACUGUUGAAGAAUACCAGGUAUGCUGUAUCCGUGAGUGCGUUUAAUUCGGCAGGCACCGGCCCUUAUUCACUGCCGGUUUAUCAAACAACCAGAGAAGGAGCGCCAGAGCAGUCUCCGGCGGCGGUGGAGUGCCGCGGCGUGACGUCAUCGUCGUUGCGCGUUGCCUGGCAACCGGUGACGUCACACGGCACUUCUCUGCUCGGCUACACCGUGCACUACAGCACUGAAGAUGGUCCAUGGUCAAACCUGACGUCACCACACACAGAGCUGUACCUGCAAGGACUACUGAAGUAUACAAACUAUACGAUCAAAGUGGCAGGAUUCUCUAGUUACGGUGUUGGACCAUUCUCUUACCCUGUCAUCUGCACAACAUUACAAGAUGUGCCCGGCCCCCCCUCAGCAAUAAAGUUGCUAGUUUCGUCACCUACCUCAUUGCUUGUUAGCUGGAAGAAACCAGAUCAGCCCAAUGGCGAAAUAACGCACUACACGGUCUAUGUAAAGCCUGUAUCAAGUACUGGCGCGCCGCAGCACCACCGUAUCGAGGCGAGCCAGGAGUCCAACUUGUCUCGUCAGUUCUCGUUCCCGCUGAGCGCGCUCUCCGCCGCGCGCUAUGAGGUGUUCGUGCGCGCGCACACGCCGGCCGGCGAGGGCGCGCCCAGUCACAGGGUGCACGCUGAACUCACCUCUAAAGUGGUGGCGGGGGUGGCGUCGCUGGGCGGCGCGGUGUCUGCGGGCGUGGGGCGCUCGCUGCUGCUGGCGUGCGCGUGCGUGGGCGCGCCGCCGCCGCGCACGGUGUGGUACCACAACCACAACAUCAUCACGCACCACCCGCGCUUCACUCGCAACCACGACGACAGUCUGCUCAUCAAUAAUAUUGAUCAAUCUCUUAGUGGCAACUAUACCUGCUUAGCGAAAAAUCUAUACGGAUCUGACUCAGUUUCCUACGAAGUGUCAGUCCUGCCUACACCGGAGCCGCCGAGCUUGAGAGUGACGUCGCAUAAAAAUGCCUUGCAUGUCCAAUGGGAUCCACCAAGGAAAUUAAAUGGAAAAACACAGAAAAUUGGAUAUAACUUAACAUGGAAAGAAGCUAACCUUUCCUGGCAGGACUCUUGGUCUAACAAAGGCACCUCAAUACGAGACGUGUAUGAAUUCACGAUACAAGGCUUGAAAUGUGGCACUAAAUACUCUCUGCGUAUGACGGCUGCUAACAGUGUGGGCUCUUCGCAGCCAUCUUACCUUGAUGCUAAUACUUUAGGAGGAGUACCGAUAGCGCCGACAACAACAGAAUGGUUCUGGAGCAACGCCAGUCACAUCUACAUCCAACUGAGCGGCUGGGAUGACAACGGCUGUGAAAUCACCAAGUGGGACGUCGAUUAUAAGGAAUAUGGAAGCAAAUUGUGGAGAAAAGCGGAGAACAGAUUGCCGCAAUUGGACCAAACUUGGAACCAUUACAUGGCGUCGAUACUGAACCAACCGAAUACAUUUGUGAUCGCCGACUUGUUACCGGCUCAGUGGUACCAGAUUAAGAUUGUUGCUGAGAAUUCUGCAGGAAUUUCCACUUCGUUAUAUAGUUAUGCCACGACAAAUGCUUUAGGAGAGUCAAUUGGUCCGCCGACAGACUUCAUGGAUUUAAACAUGUUGGUGAUAAUUUGCAGUUCCAUUCUACUGCUGCUUUGCUCUCUGGCCUGCGUUUAUAUUUUAGUUAAAAGACAUCACCACCACCGACUGACGGAGUAUCGCAACUCUCUGACUGCGGAGUGCAAGUCGGAGAGGAGCAACGCGACCGCCAACACGCCGCAGAGCGCGCCCGACAACCGUGUCUACAGCACGCCUGUGCACCUCACUGCUGACGCUAAACAUGAGUUGUACGAAAUAAGCCCAUAUGCACAAUUCGCGAUUGGAUUCCGAACAUUUGGUCAUGUGGACAAUCAGGAGAUACCAAACAGAAUACAUAUACCAGGGAACAGCAAGUCGAGAUAUGAUAGCGAAACAAGUUUUCAAAUGAGAUCAGAAUCUGAGGAAAGUGACUGCGUGUCGAGAACGACGACGUUAAAAAGUAAUCAAAGAAAAACCUGCAAAGUACCACAUCACAGGUAGCUGCAAUUUUAUUUAAGAUAAACAUUUUAAUUGAUAUUUCUACAAGAAUCCUGUAAAUAUCAACAUCACCUUAGAUUGCAGUAAUUGUUAGUUUUUUGUAAUUCAAUUUUUAAAUGCA